AGUCACUUAGUGUGUGAAUGGCAGCGAGACGGGGAGGACGUGUCGACUUCACCUCCCGGACUAUUACGUUACAUAUGACAAAUUUUUCGAGUACGCGAAUUUAACGAAAGUGAACGACAAGUGCACGCCGCGAGCCACGAACGGGGACGUGUAGGAGUACUGGAGUCGCCUCGUAGCCAGGAAUAUGAGGUGAUAAAGGGGCAGAUUGCAUUGUUGUCCUUGAGAUGGCGAAGCUUGAAGGGCAGCCAUGGGUGAAGGCCCCUAUUAUUUUCCUAUUUGCGGCCCUCCACCUGUGUUCCGCCGGCUGCCCCUCCGUCUGCAACUGCCUAGGGGCCAUCGUCGACUGCUCCAGCAUGGGCAUCAAGAAAGUCCCCAGGGAUUUGCCGGAAUGGGUGGAAGAACUGGACCUCAGUGACAACAAAGGGUUCCAGAUAACCCCAGACGCCUUCCAGGACCUUCCAGUGCUUCGUGUGCUAUAUUUACGUAAACUGAAUCUGUCUGGCCUGCCUCGUCUGGGAAGCCUGCCUGCCCUGACCGACCUGUACCUGAGUGACAACCGGAUCAGUGACGUGGAGCAGGUGAAUCUGGAAGGGAUGCCGGGUCUGCUUCUCCUCGACUUGUCACGGAAUAGACUGAGGCAUCUUUCUCAUCUGCCCUUCAAGAACAUGUCUCUCGCCCGCCUUAACCUGAACCGGAACCAGCUGCGGCACCUGGAACCAUCAUCCUUCCAGUCCCUUGGUUCCCUGGGUGAGCUGAAGCUGUCCAGGAACCAGCUCACCUCGUCCAUCUUUAACCACACCAACUCCAUCUUUGCCAACCUCACCAACCUCAGGAUUCUGGACCUGAGUGGGAACCAACUAAACAACCUGAAGGGCCUCAUGUUCAGGGAUCUCAAGAAGCUGAAAAUUCUGCGGCUGAGGAAGAACGGCAUCACAACAUUCAGUGACGGCUCCUUGUUUGGCCUUGACUCCAUUGAGAAGCUGUACCUGGACUUCAACAACAUUACCACAAUAUCCAAGGGUCUGCUGUUUGAUCUCAAGUCCCUGGCUCACCUCUCCCUCAAGUCCAACCAGAUUCACUCCAUCCGCUCCGACACGUGGCAGUCGACCAAGCGGCUCAUCUCCCUGGACCUGAGUCACAACCGGCUGGUGGUGCUGCGGGAGGCCACCUUCAAUGGCCUGGACCACCUCACCUCCCUCUGGCUUUCCAACAACCACCUGGCCCACAUGGAGCGCACUGCAUUCAAGGCCACACCCAGCCUCGUCAGCCUUGACCUGAGCUACAAUGACCUGCGGUGGAGUGUGGAGGACAACAGUGAAGUGUUCAGCAGUCUGGUGCACCUGGAAAGCCUCUCGUUGGCACACAACAACAUUGAGACCAUCCAUGUGGAAACCUUCCGUCCCAUGGUGUCCCUCGCCAGCCUGGACCUGAAGGGCAACCAACUGCGCACGCUGCCCCACAACCCUUUCUUGGGGUUGGAGCACCUCAGCUCUGUGGCACUCAACACCUCUAGUCUGGUGUGUGACUGCCACCUGUCCUGGCUUCCCAGCUGGCUUGCCUACAUCAACAACUCCUCCACUGCUCCACCCUCCACCGUGGAGUGCAAGUACCCGCCUUCCCUCAAGGGGCGUCGUGUUACCUCCCUCAAGGGCAUGGACUUCAGCUGUGACUCCUCACCACGGCCAAUCAUCAGCCACUCCCCAGUGGAUCGCGUGGUGCUGCAUAGCACCAAUGUCACCCUGGCCUGUGUGGCGCAUGCCGGCAUCAGCGACUCCCAGGCAAAGUUCCUGUGGCGCAAGAACAACCAGCUGCUGGUGGACUUCCCCAUCACCACCACAGAGCAGGUGGUGACCGUGGAGGGUCGUGUGCUGCACAACAUCACCUCGCGCCUCCUCCUCUCCAACGUGUCGGAGCAGGACAGCGGCGAGUACCAGUGCGUCGUGCGCAACGACUUUGGAGCAAGCUACUCACGCCGUGCCCACAUCCAGGUGCACAUCUACCCCUACUUCACCAAGCGUCCAGCCAGCGUGGCCGUGCGCAUCGGAGAGGUGGCCAAGCUUGAGUGUGCAGCCAGCGGCUCUCCAUCCCCAGAGAUCUCCCUGCUCAAGGAUGGCGGUGAGGACUUCCCGGCAGCACGGGAGCGUCGCAUCCACGUGCUGUCCAAUGAGACGCUCUUCUUCAUCAAGCCAGUGACACCACACGAUGAGGGUGUCUACACCUGCCGUGCCACCAACGUUGCCGGCAUGGCCUCAGUUGACGCCCGACUCACCGUCAGGCAGAUCCCAGAAUUCACCAAGCGACCCAAGGAUGAGGUGGCCAUACUGGGCCACAACACUGUCCUGGAGUGUCAGGGCACCGGUCUCCCCGUCCCCAAGCUGACCUGGAGCAAGAAUGGUGAGGUGCUGCAGAACGGUGGCCACUACCUGCUGGUGGAUGACAGCCAGUUCCUGCUGAUCAAGGAGACCCGCCUGGAGGACCUUGGCACCUACACCUGCGAGCUGACCAACAUCCUCGGCACCACGCGGGAGCACAUCAACCUGUCCCUCCGAGACUCGCCCACAAGUGGCAGCACCACCACAGGCAUCGUGGUGAUUGCAGUAGUGUGCUGUGUGGUGCUGACUUCCCUCGUGUGGGUGGUGAUCAUCCACCAGACCAGGAAGCGCACCCAGUCAGCAAGUAGCCUGACCAGCCCUGCUGGCUACCCAAGUGACAAGGGUGCCCUGGCUCGCUACCCCACCCCUCAGCACCAUGCCCUGGCCGCCCACCACCACCUCACCUCAGAGUUGAUGCACAACAUGACACCGCUGCUUGGAGGUGCCACCGAGGGCUACCCCAGUGGCCAGGACAGCGGCUCUGAGCACUCUAGUGGGAAGGACUCCGGGACUGGGGACUCAGCACAGCGCUCCAAUGAGGACCUCCUUCCCCUGGAUUUCAAUAGGCCAGGACUGCGGCGCUCCCUCAUUAUCUGCUCAGACUCAAGAGGUUCACCAGUCAUGAGGGGUGUGAAUGGCAUGGGUGUUGGGGGUGGAGGAGAACCCGUGGGUUGUGAGGAGGUGCUGGGCCGGCCAGUCCUCUCCACCUUCAGUCCACAGCAUCUCUCCCCCAGCAGCUACAGCCCCUCUGGCCACUACACUGCCAGCCUCAGGCGAGGCUCAAACUCUCGUCUGCUGCCUGUGUCCUCCCCUGUCACCCCUUCCUCCACCCUGUCUCGUGGGCCCUCCCUCCCCUACCAGCCAAGACCAUGCUCCCCAUACCAAUCAGCCUCUGGCUCUCCCUCCUCCUCUGAGGCUCAUAGCAGAGGUAGUCCCCUGGCUCAGCGACAUUCCCCCGAUGGUGGGGAUGCCAUAGAUGAGGGCCAGGGGUACAGCUUGCACCAACAGGCCAACGGUGACCUGCCCUGUGUGCACAGCGGCGAGGGAAAUGCCGUGCGCAGCCCCCGGGCAUCCGUGUCCAGUGCCAGUGACCGCAGGAGCGAGCUGGACCUCAGGAUGGACAUGCCAGAGGUUCAGUUCCUUGGCCAAGUGCAUGGCAGCCGUGUCCUGGAGGGGAGAUAAUGGCCGUUGGGUCGGUGGGAAGGGUGGCCGCCUGCUGCCCUCCCCACUCAUGUAGGCAUUCCUCAAGCUAGUGAACAGUGUGAAGAGGUUUUGUAAGUGCAUUAUCUGUAUAAAGAAAGCAUCCAAAUGUGUGUACAUACUUGUAUAUAUAUGUAUGAGUAAAGCUGGACUUUAUGUAUGCAGAUAUCAACUGUUUGAGACAGUUCAGACUGCACAAGACAGGCAGCAGCAUCAAGGCUGUCAGGUGCUGGGCUGGUGCUGUAGUUUCUCAAGUGCUGCCAUCUGGAGUGCUGGAGUCCCUUUUUGGGAAGCCCCAGUGAUCUGAAGACAACUAAGCCACACUCACUCAGCCACUUACAGUCAGCAACUCUCAUUAUAUAGGAGAAGGUGUACCAUGGGCACAUGACCCUGGAGCAGCAUUAGCAGCAGCAGCAGUGUGUGGAACAGAGGCCCAGCCCUGAUGGAAAGGAAUAAUGGGGUUGGUGUCAAGCUGUGGGAGCACAAAGCAGAGGUGGCAGCUACCAGGCAUGACAAGAGUGCAUGAUGAAGUGUGGAGGUUUCCUGCAGCCUGUCCAAACCUGGUGGCACUCUCCCUUUUCCCUCGGCCUCUGCCUGAAAGGAAUCCAGCACCACACUGACAACUGGAGGGACUUCCUCCCAGUGUCCAAAGGGAACAGAGUUGCACAUGCAUUAUUCGUUGGAAAUGUGUUCCGUCCCCAAGGUCUUGCCACAGCAUGAUGCUUUUAAGUGUGAGGAUGACACAAGGCAACUCACAGCAGUACCAGCAGUACUAAAAUUGCCCUCCAAAAAACAUUUUCAAAUCAAAAUUGAAAAUCCCUCCCCUAAGAGAUGUCUGUGCCUCACCAGCUGGAAUGGAGACAUCCACAAGGCUGCAGCGCUGCACUGGCUGUGUGCUGUGUUGGUGCACUGGCUGGCCACCUCAUACACUCUAGCCAAGCUGAGGCGGGGAUGAGGGAGCCCCAGUGCACCAAUGCAUUGUUGUUUGUAGGUUUAAUUUUAUUACAUCAUAGCUGAAAAAAAAUAAUGUGUGUUCCUUGUCUACUUAGAAUAUUUUUAUAUUGAUUUUAAAUUACUUAGGAACAUAUCUUUUGCUUCGUAGGAAGAACUGUGCAGUUGCUUCGUAAUGUAGUGACACUGUCCUGUGGAAAAGGCAUCUGUAGAGCUGCUAUUGUGCCAGCAUUGUACCAACAUUGUGUGUAUGUGUGUGUGUGUGUGUGUGUGUGAGAGCGCGUGCGUGUGUGAGAGCGCGUGCGUGUGUGUCCAGCCUCCUCUUGUCGUAGAGCACUGCAAUGUUUGUUCCUAACAGUGGUCAAGUUCAAAUACUGCAAGUCUGUGUUGUGACGUAGGUUAAUGAGGUGUGCUGAGCGCAGCGUCGUGGUUACUUCACGCAUUUACUGACACUUGAGAAACUAUUGUACAUUUAAGUCGACCUCAAACUAGUCACCUUCUGACGUAAGCAGUUACUAUGUCACAACCUCCUCUCGCAGCAGCUUCUCCUCACCCGAGACAGCAGGGUGCAGGCAGCUCCCACCACACCCUGGCAGGGCCUUCUUCAGGGACUUGUUCAAAGCUGAAAAUGUAAUGUAGUCUGAAGGCUCAGAAUGUCAUACCUUCUGUAGCCUUUGUUCCUUCCUUUCUUCCUUCCUUCCUGUAGUUGUUUUACAAUUUUUUUUUUUUUUUGUGUCCUUUUCUCCAUGUCUGUUUACAUUCAUUACCAUUCCUUCUCUCUCUCUCUCUCUCUCUCUCUCUCUCUCUCUCUCUCUCUCUCUCUCUCUCUCUCUCUCUCUCUCUCUCUCUCUCUCUCUC